AUGGCUAAGGACUCUGGAGACAAAUCUGCCUGCUACUCAAUGAAUGUGUGUCAGAAGAUUCUUCUCCAACAUGCUGUUGAUCAUGGUAAUCUGUCUGUCGAGCCUGGUAAAGUGAUUCGCAUCUGCCCAGACUGGUUUUUGGCCUCGGAAGUUGCGUGGUUUGGUAUGAACAAGAGCUACGAGCGUAUGGGCAGGCCUGGGUUUAAGCGAAAGGACAGAUUCUGGCUCGCUGGUGACCAUGUCGUCGACCCCAGAGUGAACAACAGGCCAUAUGAGCGAUCCUUGAUAGACGCUUGUGAUCGUAUUGCCGAAGAGUUGGAUCUUGGGGAUAACUAUGCCGGCCACAACACCACGAUCAUGCACACGGAGUUCUAUCGGUCGCGCUGUCAACCUGGAAUGUUGGUCUUCGGAGCAGACUCACACACCUCCUCAGCCGGUGCACUAGGCAGCCUUGCCAUUGGGGUUGGCAUCACGGAUAUGGUCCUGCAACUUAUAACGGGAGAAACAUACCUUGAAGUCCCAGACGUGGUCCGUAUCAAUUUUAUCGGGGAGCCUCCGCUUGCUAUCGGUGGCAAAGAUGUGAUCCUCGGAGUCAUGCGACAGCUAAAGAGGAAUACGGUUGCGGCCGGACGACUGGUGGAAUACUGUGGUCAAGGGCUUCAAUUCCUGUCGAGCGAUGCGAGGUUUGCUAUUGCAAACAUGACCACUGAAUUUGGGGGCAUUGGUGCAUGUGUUAUCCCAGAUGAUAUCACUCUGGACUAUGUUGAGUCUCGACACGAUCCACGUCACAAAUCGAGCAGCUUAUACUUUCGCCCUGAUGCCGACGCACAAUACAUAGCGACCUAUGAUGUUGAUCUCUCUAAGCUAGACCAUUUUGUUGCGCUUCAUCCCUCGCCAGACAACGUCGUCCCGAUUUCAGAGGCACAAGACCAACUCUCUCAUCUGGAUGGGGUUUUUAUUGGCGCGUGCACAACAACAGAGGAAGACCUUGUUUUGGCUGGCCUUGUGCUUCGCACAGCUUUGGCACUGGGAUAUAAGCCGGUCAAGCGAGGCCUGCGGCGUGUCACUCCCGGUUCGAUAUCGAUAGUCAAAAAGCUCGAGCAAGCGCACCUGUUGGAGGAGUAUGAGAAUGCCGGCUUCCAGAUUGGCGCCCCGGGAUGUAGCUACUGUGUUGGCAUGGGUGUCGACAAAGCGGGCAGGGGAGAAGUAUGGCUAUCUUCGCAGAAUCGCAACUAUCGCGAUCGAAUGGGUCCAGGCUCCUUCGCCAACAUUGCUUCGGCUGCCACUGUUGCCAUUUCCAGCUUUUCCAUGUCGCUUCAGAACCCGGCAGAAAUCCUUUCGAUGAUCGACAUGCAUGAGUUUGACGAACUGCGAGCACACCACAGAGGUGUGUCACGGCCAUCUCCAACUUAUAGCGAGCCUAGAGUCCCGGCUUUUACUAUGCCGUAUUACAUACAUGAGCAAGAUUCAAAGGUCUCACCUGGAGAAAUGGCCAGUAUGCCAGACAUCAUCAAAGGCCGGAUCCAGCGGUUCGGCACCAAUGUCGACACCGAUAGUAUCAUCCCAACCGACAAGUGUCAUUCCCAUCUUUCGCCCGAGGACGUGGCGCGUGGUGCGUUCUGUUAUACUCGUCCGGAGUUCUACGACCGUGCUCAAUCAGGCUGCAACGUUGUAGUCGCCGAGGAGAGCUUUGGGUGCGGCUCAUCGAGAGAGCAGGCUCCAAAAGCAUUGAUGUGGGCUGGCAUCGAAGCCGUCAUUGCCAAGUCGUUCGCCUUCAUUUAUCAGCGAAAUCAGGUUAACAAUGGUCUCCUGGGGAUCAAACUACAGGACGAAGGCUUUUUCCAAGUGGCCCAAGAGGGGAAGGAGAUAGUUAUCGACAUGAAGAAUAGGCAGAUCCAUUGCGAGAACAAAAGUUUCCGCUUCGACCUUGAACGGAUUCAGGAGCAGCUUUUACGAGAAGGUGGCCUAGUACGAACAUAUGAAAGGUACGGCCCGAGUUUAUUCGCAAAAUUGCAGGACCUUGAUACAAAAAUUGGAGCACCAUCGGGAGAGGUAGAAGGUAAAGAGAGAGUACAGAUUUCCAACCCAGGUGUGAGGUCAUUGGAUUGGUGA